AUGAUACUCUCUUCAGAGCCCAAAGCAGAGCUGUCUCAGCUACCCAACGCGGACGGCUCGGCAACCUUUUCACACCUCGGGUUUACCGUCACGGCGGCUGUAAACGGACCUGUCGAGGCUCCUAGGCGCGACGAGAAUGCGUUCGAGGCGCUCGUCGAUGUUGUCGUGCGUCCUGCCGCCGGUGUUGGAGGCACGGGCGAACGACAGCUCGAGUCGAUCCUGCAAUCGGCGCUUCGUCAGCUCAUUCCCAUCCGGGACUUUCCUAGGUGCAUGAUCCAAAUUACCCUUCAGGUCAUGGAGACGCCCAAAAAUGCCUAUGUGAACCCGAAGUUGCUACAGUCGCAGCUGAAUCUGCCCAUCAUUCCGGCCUUGCUGCAUGCCGCCGUCCUCGCCUUGUUGACCGCUGCCGUCCCCCUCAAGGCGAUCGCAACCGCUACGAUGCUUGCAAUCGGAGAUAAGGGGAGCAUCAUGGUAGAUCCAGCGAUGGAAGAGGCCGACAAGGCGCAAUCGGUUCAUGUCCUCGCUUUCACGUCGGCAGACGAGCUUCUCUUGGUGGAGAGCUCCGGUUCCUUCUCCGUCGAGGAAUGGAAUAAGAUACUUCAGGCAGGACAGCGUGCAUGCUGCCAAGCAAGUGACGCUGGCGGCGACAUGGUCAUGUCUGGCAGCGGUGCCGAGUCCCCGAGCGUCAGGGCCUUCAUCCGGUCGGUGAUGGAAGCAAAGGCUUCGACAGACCUCCACUGGAAAUGA